AAUGUCGUUUGGCUAUGGAUUUUUUACGGCUCUGUUGCUAAAAUCUAAAUCCUAUGUGCUGUUUAAAAACUUCGAUUCCGUUAUCUUCCUCGAUGGAUUCUCGAAAUCAUGGUUUUUUGGCGUUAAUCUUACUAAUUAUCUCAUCGGUUCUCUGCUUACAACCUAGGGCCGAUGGAACUGGUUCAGUUUUCUUCCUAGAUAGCUCAACUCAGCGGUAUUUUCGACCUCGCUCACCUGAGUCUCAAUCACUGUUACUUCCGGAAAUUGGUGCUGCUAUUUCAGUGUUGCUUGGUUUUGCACCUCCUCUUACACUUUCCCCGACAAGCUCAAAAAAGUUGGAUGAGGUGCUUCUGCCUAACCCCUUUGAUAGGCCUCGUGCUGUUUUCGUGCUAGAGAUAAAUGGGGUUGAAGAUGAGGGAUCUGGUCUUGGCAUGGAUAAUGAUGUUUUCGUCAGUUCCCUUAAGAGUAGAGUUGCCUUUGGUCAAAACUAUGCAGACAUUCAACUUUCAGAUAAAGAGAAGGUGUCUCUGGUCUCUUUAAAUGAACCCCUGACUUCGGAUAUGGAAUUCACCGACAAUAUAUUGGAUGAUUUUGCCUCUUGGUUAGGUGGAUCAUACGUCCGCAACCUAGUGAAGUCAUUGAGCGGAGAGUUGACUGUUCCCUUAGCAAAUGAUGUCCAACUAAAGCUCCAUAUGUCAAAGAAUGCAGACAGAGAAUUUACAACGAGCCUCGUCUCUCUCAUCCAAAAUGUCCAGAGGGCAGUGCAAAUGCAUCAAGAUUUCUCAAGAAGUACACAUAGUCCAGCAGAGUUGGUGAUGGGAAGGUUUGAUGGUGUCAAGGCUUUGAAAGACCAGUAUGGAUCGAAUGACCGUGUUCAGCAAGCUGUCGAGCUGUUAGUGACUUCCGUAUCCAAGAUAUACGGUUUGUUGCAAAAAGUAUACAAAGGUCAAAUUGUUGGAGUGGUCCUUUUCAAUGGAUCGCCUGCCAGAGAGUCGGGGACAAUGUUAGAGUGUGACGUUCACUUCACGGCCAGCUCGUUAUUGGCUGGAAGAGAGAAACGGGUCACCUCACAAUCGUAUGAUUGCAGAAGUGGCUUUGGUCCGACGAACCCUUGCAUGGAUCACAGGAAGCAUCCUUAUAAUGGUGACUCUGUUAGGGAUUUACUUCCUGAUGAACAUGAUAUUGACAAGGGAUGCCCUUCUCUAUUCAUAUGUGAAGCUUGACUAGAAAACUUUGUAUGUACCACAUCACCAUUCUCAUACCUCUGUUUAUGUCUUGUUUCUUGGUGUACAAAUUAACCGAUUUCGAACUAUAUCUAUUACAAUUACUGGCUUUGU